AUGAGAGCCGCGUACAUCUUGGGCUUCCUCUCAGCGUGGCGAGCGGCAGCUCAGCUGACCGGUCCCGUCGGACCAACCACAAGUCUGAGCAAGAAGGUCACCGAGUGCAACAUCUUAAACUACGGGGCAGUCAACGACAACUCCACAGAUGCGGCCGACGCCAUCGAAAAGGCCUUCAAGACCUGUGUACUGCCCCACGCGGGAAGCCGGCUCAUCGUCCCCGACGGCCAGUACCUGAUCAAGCGUACGGUGAUCUUGUCGAACGGAACCAACUGGGCUUUCCAGCUCGACGGUCUCAUCACCCUGGCGUACGGUGGCAACUGGACUGUUGACCGUGAGUUGAUCUUGCAAGGCUUCGCUGGAGUUGGGCCGCUGAACGCAACCAUCAACGGCGAAGGUGACGGCCAGUUCUUGCAAAACGGCAUCACAAUUAUCAAUCCCGUCGACUUCGAAUUCUACUCUGAGAACGGCAAGGGUGCCAUUCAAGGCCAAGGCUACUUGUAUAGAAAUCUAGCAAAGUACGGUAUUCAACGACCUUGGAGUGAACGUCAAUCGCUUACAGAUCUCAGCACCUUCCGCCCUCGGCUAGUUCGCCUGAUUUCGCCGACUAACACUGCAGUUCACGAUCUCAUUCUGGUUGACAGCCCCAAGUUCCACAUUGUUUUUGACUUUGCUGUCAACCUAGAGGUCUAUCACUUGACUAUUCGCGGAGCUAAUCUUGGCUCAUAUGAUGGUGUUGACGUCGUGGGAACAAACUACUGGAUCCAUGAUAUAGAGGUGACCAACAGAGACGAGUGCGUCUCGGUCAAGAGUCCCUCCAACCAUGCUCUUGUUGAAAACUUGGUCUGCAACCAAGCCGGAUCUGGAAUUUCCAUCGGCAGCCUUAACGUGUCUGCAUCGAUUGCCAACAUCCAUGCACGCAACAUCAGCAUCAUUCAAGGCAACAACAUCGCCUUCAUCAAGACAUACCCUGGAGGCUCCGGGUAUGUCACGAAUGUGACAUUCGAAAACUUUCGCUCCAAAGCAUCACUCUAUGGAUUGGACAUAAACCAAUACUGGCAAAACACCCUUCAGCCUGACACGGGCGCUGUGGCUUUAAGCAAUCUGGUGUUUCGAAACUUUUCAGGCUCGGUGGCUGAUGGUGUCAAACGACCGCCCUUGUAUCUGGUUGCCAACGACCUGACAUUUGCCACGAACGUUAUUGUUGAGGAUUUCACAAUCUGGACAGAGUCAGGCACGAGCGUUGUGAACAAAAUCAGCAACAUCUUUGGCAAGGGAGACAACUCUUAUGGGCCGGGUAACGGCAUCAAGACACUGGGACCCAAGGAGUCGCCUGUACCCUAUACAAGUACCUACACCAUCACAGCAGCGCCGCCAGGUUGGGUAGCUCCGCCGUCGCCGGAUUGGGCCUUGCCGAACACUGGAUAUGGAACCGACGUGCCGAUCCCCGUUUAUAAUCCAGCGGCACUCUGGAAACCCCAGGGCGACUAUGACAAGCACUAUUGGGGAUCCUUCUAG